GGCAAUGACAAAUAUACGGAUAAAAUGGUAGUGACGUAGCAAUGGACGAGAAACCGCCUGCAACGUGUUCAACAUUUUUCCCAAACUAGAGGACUCUGAUGUCACUGUAGCAUCAACGAAUUCAAUGCUGGGAGGAGGUAAUUGGUGUCAUGAGAUUGGUGGUUGUCACUGUUUGCAAUCGGAUUCUAAAAUGCGGGUAGGCAGUCCCACGAUGGUCAUGGCAGAAGACAGUAUCGUACUCCAUGUCUCACGAAGUCAGAGAAGCAAGAUCGCAUAUGACAUUCAGAAGAAGAGAUGGCUCCGAGAUGCCUUGGGUCACAUAAGAAGGACUAUUGGGCUUACUUUUGGUGACAAUCCAAAGGACUUCAUCGCCCUCUUCCACUGUAUAGAGGGGCGGGAUCGUCUUAUCUCCCCUUUCAGCUCCCUAAGGAAGAAUCGCUUCAAGAACAGCUCUAACAGAGAGUUGCAAGGCCUCAAAUUGGACUUAAGCUCCAGCUUCGGUCUUGAUUUCGGUACGACCAAUGUUGGCCGAAGUGGUGGAUCGGUUUCGUAAUGUUAGUGCUCUCCU